GAGGAGGGAGAGAUUUGGCCGCAACUGCUAUUUCUCUCUCUCUCUCCCUCUCUCUCUCUCUCUCUCUGUUCUGGGGCCUGCUCUCCAUAGACAAUAAGAAUUAGACAGGAAGUUGUAAUGUCGUCACGAUGUAAAUAAUACAGAUGUCACUCAUACAAUGUUUAUAUUAUUAUCAUCUCAGUGUAGUGAGUGUGUCAGGACAGUGAGUGUGUGAGGCCAGAUCGCUCGUACGCAUCACUUCCUGUUGUGUUACACUCACCCAGUAACACUCUCAUUUAUUUCUCUGUGCAUUCGUCUAACCUGUCCUUUACAUCAGGUCAUAUUUAUAGCAAUCUUUAAUCUUUAAAGUUGCGUAAGUGUUUUUUUUGUGGCCAGACCAAACUAAACAUUCCUGACAGAUUUACAAAAGUUUCAGUAACACUGAUUUUCGUAGCGUAUGUUGACAAACGUCAGCCGUAAGUCGCCCGAGCGUGUUCCCAGCACGGCUAAUUUACAUUUAGCCACGCCCACAAAAUGCCAUAAACAACAAAAAUGAAACACUUUCCUGGAUGGUUAUGUUGUUAGUGUGUGUGUAGGUGUGUGUGCGUGUGUGUUUGUGUGUGUAUGUGUUCCGUUUCCCAUGGCGAACAUGAGCAGCAGUGUGUGCAUGGAGACUCCACACACUCACGGCCACGCCCACAGCUACACGCCCACCACAGGGCGGGACUUUUCCCUGCAGAUGGACUCGUGCAUGAACCCAGUGCUGGACUACAGCGCUCAGAUGGAACGCUACCGCUCCUUCGCUAACUUUUACAAAAAUGGCGCCGCUCCAUUUCCUCAGGCGGCAAAAAUCGCUCGCUUGGCCACGCCCAUCUUCCCGUCGCCGAUGACGCCCUGGUCGUGCGACAACGGAAUGCUCUGGGGCCGUAAGCCACCCGCGGUGAACGUCAAUGUCAACGUGAAUGUCAACGGGGCUCACGCACACGCUCACACGCACCGGACCGCCAUGCCUCGGGCGGAGCCACUUAACGUGCACAUGCCCUCCAAGAUGUCCGCUGACAACUUCCUGUCUCCGCUCAGUCAAGUAGGCGGAGCCGAGUGCAUGAACCGCCUCAAGGUGCCGCCACAGAGCAGCGGGAGCGGUGGAGGAGGCGGAGCCGGUGAGGCUGAAAGGGGUGGGGCCACGUUUGGUGGGUUCGCACUACCCCCUGGGGUUAUCGUCAUGACAACGCUGCACUCGGGGGCGGGCUCGUCGGUGGCGACGAUGACGGACAGCGCGUUUCAGAUCGCCGCCGACUGCCAGCACAGCAGCUCCGCAUCCUGCUCCGGCUCUAACGCUAGCACUAACGCUAGCGUCAGCGCUAACAGCAGCUGCAGCGGCGGAGCGGCGAAGAGGAAGAGGAAACGGUGCGGCGUCUGCGCCCCCUGCAGGCGGCUCAUCAACUGCGGCGUGUGCAGUUCUUGCCGGAACAGGAAGACGGGUCAUCAGAUCUGCAAGUUCAGGAAGUGCGAAGAGCUGAAGAAGAAACCAGGGAGCACAGUGGAGAGAGCCUCAUCCGUGGGAGCAGCAGACACGUUCCGCUGGUUCUUCUGAGAGAAGGACAUCCCAGAACACAGACUGUACGCGCACACACACACACACACACACACACACACACACACACACACACUGGACCACAGCAGUGCACACACUGUGCUCCAUCUUUAACACUUCCAACUUUAACUGGACCUUCAGCUCUGUAUGGCAGAGAGAGAGGCAGUGAAUCUGCGAGACAGGAAGUUGAUCUGCGAGACAGGAAGUGGAGCUGAGAGGAGCGCUGUGAUUGGCUGUCAUGGCUCUCUGACUCCACUGGACUCUUCCUCACUAUUAGACAUUUUGGGACAGAUUUGAGAUAAAGAUCAGAAGUGUCUGAUUGGAGGAGGUGGGUGUAAGCCACGCCCCCAGAGAACGUUCUGGACUCUUGACACGUCACACACUUCACUGUUGCAUGGGUAGAAAAAACUAAAUAAUGUGUUUUGGUUUGACCUGAAGACUUUAAUGACUUUGUACAUUGCUGUUGUGAUGCCUUACUGUCUUGAUUAAUAAAAGACUGUUAGGAUAAACCA